CUCUUUCUUCUCUCUCGCUUUCAUUUUUCUCCUCCAGAUCUCGAUUCCAAUCUCUCUCCCUCUACUUCGUUUAACAGAAAUGGAAACCUUCCUAUUUACCUCUGAGUCCGUCAAUGAGGGACACCCAGACAAGCUUUGUGAUCAGGUUUCUGAUGCGAUCCUCGAUGCUUGCUUAGAGCAGGACCCUGAAAGCAAAGUGGCGUGUGAGACAUGUACCAAGACCAACAUGGUGAUGGUGUUUGGUGAGAUCACUACCUCUGCGAAAGUUGACUAUGAGAAGAUUGUUAGAUCUACUUGCAGGGAGAUUGGGUUUAUCUCUGCUGAUGUUGGUCUUGACGCUGACAAAUGCAAUGUUUUGGUUAACAUUGAGCAACAGAGUCCUGACAUUGCUCAGGGUGUUCAUGGUCAUUUGACCAAGAAGCCUGAAGAUAUUGGUGCUGGUGAUCAGGGACAUAUGUUUGGGUAUGCUACUGAUGAGACACCUGAGCUCAUGCCCUUGACUCAUGUCCUAGCCACCAAGCUUGGUGCUAAGCUUACUGAAGUGAGGAAGAACAAGACUUGCCCAUGGUUGAGGCCUGAUGGUAAGACCCAAGUCACAGUGGAGUACAAGAAUGAUGGUGGAGCUAUGAUUCCGAUUAGAGUCCACACUGUUCUCAUCUCAACUCAACAUGACGAAACUGUCACCAACGACGAGAUUGCUGCUGACUUGAAGGAGCAUGUGAUCAAGCCUGUUAUCCCUGCUAAGUACCUUGACGAUAACACCAUCUUUCACUUGAACCCAUCUGGUCGUUUUGUCAUCGGAGGGCCUCAUGGUGAUGCUGGACUCACAGGGAGGAAGAUCAUCAUUGACACUUAUGGUGGUUGGGGUGCUCAUGGUGGAGGUGCCUUCUCAGGAAAGGACCCAACCAAGGUUGACAGAAGCGGUGCCUAUAUCGUGAGGCAGGCUGCAAAGAGCGUGGUAGCAGCAGGACUCGCACGCCGCUGUAUCGUGCAGGUAUCAUACGCCAUUGGUGUCCCUGAGCCGCUCUCAGUGUUUGUUGACACCUACAAGACCGGGACCAUCCCAGACAAGGAUAUCCUUGUGUUGAUCAAGGAAGCAUUUGACUUCAGGCCGGGAAUGAUGGCCAUUAACCUUGACCUGAAGAGGGGAGGUAACUUCAGGUUCCAGAAAACCGCUGCGUAUGGCCAUUUCGGGCGUGAUGACCCUGACUUCACUUGGGAGGUCGUCAAGCCGCUCAAGCCAAAGGCCUAAACAUAAACAAAGCUGGCAAUUGCAAGAACUGAGUUGAGUCACUCCCCAACUACAGGGAACUUAUCAUGAUACCAUUAUUAUUGCAAAUGAUUGAAUAAAGCUUCUGCAUUUUC